CAUAAAUUCCAUUCCAAAACCCUAAUCCCAUAAGGCAUAAGAGACCUUUUUCUCUGUUUCGCUCCAUCUCGCACUCCUCUCCCCUUCGAGUAACAGAAGUCUUCGAACAAUGACAUUCAAGAGGAGAAACGGAGGACGAAACAAGCAUGGCAGGGGCCAUGUUAGGUUCAUCCGCUGUUCUAACUGCGGCAAAUGCUGCCCUAAGGACAAGGCAAUCAAGCGAUUCCUGGUCAGAAACAUCGUAGAACAGGCAGCAGUUCGUGAUGUUCAAGAAGCUAGUGUUUAUGAAUCCUACACACUUCCAAAGCUAUACGCGAAGAUGCAGUACUGCGUUUCCUGCGCGAUCCACUCUCAUGUGGUUCGUGUGAGGUCUCGCACCGACCGUCGCAACCGUGAGCCUCCGCAGCGUUUCAGACGUAGGGAUGACAUGGGUAAGCCAGGACAAGCUCCACGCGUAACUGCUGCCGCUGCUCCAGCCCGCACGUGAGGGGUUUUCAGUGCUCUCACUUUAUUUUGUUAGGCUUUAUAGUUUUCUUUGCGCUUAAGCAAAUGUAGUCGACUGAGAGUUGGAUUUUGUUUAUGGGAUUUAAUCUACAGUUCAGAUUUCAGUGAUUGAAUAUCGUAAGCAUUUUGCAAUUGAACCUCUAUGAAAUAUGUUGGUUUUGCAACGAUUGAUUAUUUAAUGCUAUGGAAAUUUAUUGUCA